GAUUGUAUUAUAAAAAUUGAUUGGAGAUCAACUUAUUACUGAUAUAUUUGAUUCUGUCAGGAAAUGCGUAAGAUUCAACGUAAAUUAACAUACGGUUUUACGUUCUCGCCUAACUGGAGCAUAACUAAAAUAGUACUGCCAAAUUUAUUUUUUUUUUGCCGCAUAUAUAUCUUAUUGGAUAAUUGUCGAACUCUCUCCCAAUUUAUCAGUAUAAACAAAACAUCUAAUAAGAAAAUUUUGUGUGAAAAAGCAAAAAAGGGUUUCUUAAAUUUGUGCCAAAAUAAUUAGAAAAGAUUGAAGAAAACCUGGAGCAGCAGCGGAAGAAGAGAAGUCGUGGCAAAAUGAAGCUAGAAGCGAUAAACGGGAAUCUGGUGUCGCUCGCAGUGAAGGUGCCGCCAGCGACUGAACAAGAAAUACCAAUAAGCUCAGAGGAGGCGGAAGAAGAAGCACACCAACAACCUUCGCAAUCGUCCCAAGAACAGCAAAAACAUGCCAAAGGAGAUGUAGGUGACGAUGAAGUGGAUAAAGAUGCAGUCGGUGCCGGCAAGAAAAAAGGCACAAGAAAAAAACGUUCAACGAAUUGGGAAGAGGCUGAACGAUGCCUAUUAGUAGAAGUCAUCAAACCUAAGGUCGAAUAUGUAGAAAACCGCAAUGUUGAUGCCAAGAGCAUUAAAGCUAAACGUUUAGCAUGGAUGCAAAUUACUAAACAGUUCAACGCACUCAAUUUUCGUCACCGUUCACUGGAACAAAUUCAAGUACAAUGGCGAAGUAUGAAAAAUACAGCCAAACGGGAAUAUCAGACAAAGAAUCCAAGUGCUGGCACAUUGGAAGGCAUGUCCAUGGUGGAAUUCAUGGAGGAGAUGCAGAAAGAUGCAAGCACAACAAGAGCUCAUGGACGAAGCAAUGGUGUAGUUAUCAAAAAAGAGCUUUUAACGAUAGAUGAUGAAGAUGCGCCACUUGCUGCAUUGCCGAUAUCGACAAACACAAGUGAUGAUACAUUGCAAGUAUCAACUCUUGCUUUACCGUCCCCACCACAAUCAGCUGAAUCACAGCCAGAAGUUACGGUCAAUCAACAGCCGCAACAAAAUACGCCCGUGCGUCAAAGGAAAAAGCAAAUACAGAAGAAAAAAAUAGAAAAUACCGACAAUGAUAAUAAAGUCGAUGGUGGCAGUAAACCGAAAAAGCAGAAAAAUGUUAUUCCAACCCAAAACGAUGCUGAGGCGCUACUUAACAACGAAAGUGAUGCACAAACUUCCAGAGCAUUACAAAAUGCAGAUGACAUCAUCUACAAAAUUCUUCCAACGGAUGAGAAAUACAAAAAACAAAUUUUCGACUUGAUAAAACGUUCACAUCUAGCGGAGAUUGAACAUGCACGCAUCGAACAUGAGCAAAGAUUGAAUUUCGAAACAAUGCAUCAAGAGCUUAAGCUCAGUUACUAUCGUAAAAAUGAGGAAUUAAAAUUAUGUCAAAUGCGUGAGGAGCAUGAAGCACGUAUGCGUCAAAAUGAGCACGAACAUAAGGCACGUAUUCGUGCAUAUAUGCUAAGCUCGCGCAGUACUCCACCGAAAUGUACAAAAAGUAAGGCUGGUAGUGAAAUUGACGAUAAAGCUGAUGAUAAUUCAAAUGCAUCCAAACCAACUUCCGAAGAUUAAAGUGGAAAUGUAGAAAAAUAAGAAUGUAGUAAAAAAGAGUUCUACUAAAAAAACAAUUGUAUUCGAAAGUACAUUUUCUUAGUUUAAGCUCAAAACAAGCUGUAUACGCUCAAAUAGCGUAAGCAGCAUUAGAUUAUUGAUAUUAACCAGUAUUUUAAAGAUUAGCAAAAUAGUAAAAUAACAUUUGUUGUAGUAAAGAGGAAAUGUUUUAAUGGUUUUAUUGUUGCCAUGCAAUAUUGGAAAUACCAAAUUUUACAUAAUAUGGAUUUAUGCAUGAUAACUAAUUAUUUUCCUUUCAUUGUCGCAAAUACAUUAUCUACUCUCUACACAAAAAAUACUUGUACAAAAUUUUAUUAACUUGAUUAGUUGUAAAAUUUACAAUUUGUAAUAUGGAACAAGAAAAUACUCGCCGAUUUAAUAUUAUUAUGUUUUAUUGCAACUUGCUCUCAAGAUUUUUGAAUU